CUUGAUUGUGUUUCAUGGAUGAAUCUACGAAAUCAUGGUUAAGGUAUGAAAAUUGAAAGAAUAAACCAAUGGUUGAUACAAAAACAGGGGGAGAAGGAUCAUUUUUGGUUUGGACAUUGGGCACCUAAUUAAAUUAUUCAAAGGACACACAUGCUGCGAAUCAAAAAUGUAGAUUCCUGACAGUCUGCUGUUAGUUGUUCAUACAUUAAAAGGCCAGGAUCCAGUGUUUGAGCCCGACUCUGAGCCCUAAGAUGAGUUUCUGUAAAUUUGAAACAGAGUCCAAAUCAAUUAGCCCAAAAGGAAAAACCACUCAUCAUGGCAGGAGGUUUUUCUUUUUCUUGCAGCAACGAAAAAAGGUUAUUGGUGGCAAUGAUGGCAACAUCAAGAGUAUUUGGAAGGGGGAGGGGACUGAUAGCAGUGGUCAAGGCAUCUUCUGCUUCCUUUGCUUCUUCUUCUGCUUCAAAUACAAGUGGAGCGGGCCUUAUGCGGAUGAUGCCUGUCUCUCCACAGCUGGGCGAGUUCCUCGGAGCCUCCGAAUCUUCUCGCACCGAAGCCGCCAAGAAGAUCUGGGGUUACAUCAAGCUCCACAAACUCCAGAAUCCUGAAAACAAGAGGGAGAUUCUUUGUGAUGAGAAGUUGAAGAGGAUAUUCGCGGGGAAGGACAGUGUUGGAAUGUUUGAGAUCACCAAAUUGCUCUCCCCACAUUUCGUGAAAUCCCAUUGAUAUUUUGGCUUAGCCUUUUUGGAGCUUUAUGAUAACGAUGAUGAUGAUGCUGACUACUUUUUUUGUUA